UACAAUGGAUCUAUGAUUCGGAGAAAAGCUUAAUUAGUCAGCGUACAUCCAAUGAUCAAAAUAAGGAAAAGAAUUGCGAAAAGGCUUGCUAAUUAUUCCAUUGUCAAAUUGUCUUUUCACAUUUCAUUAACUCUUUCAAUUCUAGUUAAUGAACAUGGGAUUUUAAUAUUUCGAGCUCAAACCUGUUAUUGCCUGUACUUUGUCUGUGCUCAUCUUCAAUAAAAUAAUUCAGUGAAUAUGUUAAAGCUGGUCAGAUAUUCUUCGUUAAUUUUCAUAUUACUUUUUUCCUUCAACUUUGGUACUGAAGCCAAGCCAGUUGAUGGAGAUGUACCAGAAUCAGCUGAUAGCCCAGAUAUUCAAUGGGCAUCCGUACCAGAAAUGGACGAGGGCUCUAUGAUGGCAAUGUUGAAUUCAAUGAUCGAUGUAAUUCGAGCUCGCCUUAGUGGAUGGAUGUAUGGCUCUGUGAGCAAUGAUGAGGUUGAAGUUGAACAAAAUGGUGGUUUUAUGUCAAUGAUUCAUGGAAUGUUCUCUAGGUUAACCAAUAUAGCUAUGGAUAUGAUGGGUCAAAUGAGGCGAAUGCGUGACAAAUCAACAAAAGACAAGUUAACCGAAUCAUCAUCUACAGUAGAGGAGGACAUUAGUGCUUCUGUAAAUAGUUCAACAUUGGCAACUCGUUUAAAAAAUCAAAUGGAUCAAACCAAGGAGCGAAUUAAAGACGCUUGGAACAAUUUGGUGAAAAAAUAUCAAAACGCAACCAGUUCUAAAAUGACCAGGUUGAGUCCUGUUGCCCCAAGUGAGGAUUACCAUCUAAUUGAUGAUGAAGCAAAAGCCAACAUGAAUUUACAAUCUGAUAAUAAACGAGUCAUACGAUCAGUCAACAAUGCUGAUGAUAACAUUGGACAGUCACAAGAUUUAGAUUCAGAAAGCAAAAGUGCUGUUUUAGCAAGAUUGAUUACAAUGGAUGAAUGGUUAAGAAAACGGAGCGGCAAAGGUAAAAGUAAACAGUUAGAGUCGUUAAUUGCAAGACCAGAUGAAACCGAUGACCGUAAACCCAAUAUCUUUGAUCGGAUGAAAGGAGCCAUGGAUAAUGCUCGAUCCAAAUUUUUUGGAGCUAUUGGUAAAUUCAUGAACGGAUCAAUGAUAAACACUGAUAGUGAUGAUGAUUCAACUAAUAUGACGGAAGAUGAUCCUAAAAACUGGUGGUCGAUGUUGAUGCCGAAAGAGGGUUCCAAAAGGCCUGACAGAGAGCCAUUGAAUCCUCGCAAUUUAUUUCCAACCAAAACAACACAUCCUUUCAAUAUACCAAAGACAAAUAAUGAAAACGACUUGAUACCAAUGAUUCCUUCCUCUAGACCAAUAGAUGUUGAUUGGUCUGUCAAGUCAGUUGAAAGGGACGAGAGAACCGAUAAAGUGGAUAAUGUUGAACAGUCGCGAACGACAAUUGAAUUUAUGGAUAAAUUUAAAAGUGAAAUGGAAAUGUUCAAAUCAUCGAUGGAUGGUCCAAAUGAUAAUCUUGAAAUGGCAAUGGAAAAGCUUGCUUCUUGGGGAUUAUUUGUUCGCGGGUUAACUGAAAGUAAAAAUCUUGAUGAUUUUUGGGGCAAAUUGACUCAGCAAAACUAAACAGUCAAUUUUUGCAUUUUUGUUAAAUCUAAUUUGUAACUUAUUAUUUGACUCUUCCCGAGACAUUUAAAUCUGUAUGUUUAUCAUUUCAAGAAAUACAUGAGUAAAUGUGAUAAUUGUUAAUCUAGUUUUGUAUCUAAACAGUUACAAACAUUAAUCAGCUCUAAUGAAAUGCUGUUAUGCUUGUAAAUGAUUUCCUAUCAAUAACAUUGUUUACAUUUAA